ACAGACAGACGGGACUUUAUUUAACACGAGGGGCGAGUACGAAUGAAAGGGGUAAACAACUUAAACUGAGGGAUUUACAUUUGUAUAAAGAACUAAUAUAGUGUAAGCAUGGCUAGCAAAAGAUUAGGCAAUCUGAGCCAUGCAGUGUGGCAAAGAAGCUCUAGUUGCAGAGUUGCGCUUUGUGCAGGAUUUAAUAUCCCUGCCUGUGCAUGUGGAGGCUUCUCCUCGGCUGGUUCAACAAUGCACGGACAAAAAUGCUGCAAAGACGGACAGAACUGUGGACCGACGAAAAACGUAGCUGCUAACAAUAACCCCGUUGCAGCCACAGUCACAUCGCACAGACACCACAUCGUGGGGAAAAAUAGAGGCGACGAAUCGCUCACCAAAUCUGGCAGGGCAUUUUCUUCAACGGCCCCUCAGAUAAACAGUAAAACGUAUUUGUGGGGAAGAUACAACGAGAUGAAACGACUCGUGCACGAUCUUAUUCCUCCUGGGGUAUGCAAUUUGCUAAACCCUUCCAACAUCUACGCUAAUAAUGAAGUUAAUCUGGAAGAGGUGGACAUCUACGGCUUCGACUAUGAUUACACACUCGCGCUUUAUUCCAGCUCGCUGGAUGAGAUGAUCUACAACAAGGCGCGAGAAUUUCUUGUUCAGCACUACAAGUAUCCUGAGGGAAUCGGCAAGUAUGACUACAUUCCCAACUUUGCAACACGGGGCCUUCACUAUGACAUCCAGAAGGGUCUUCUGAUGAAAAUUGAUGCCUUCCAUUACAUCCAGCUGGGCACAGUUUAUAGGGGUCUGAAGGCCGUCCCUGAUGAGGAGGUCAUGCAACUUUAUGGAGGUUCGAAUCACGUUCCCCUCCACCAAGUCAGUGGAUUCUACGGGAAGGGUCCCAUGAUGAAGCAGUUUAUGGAUGUUUUCUCCAUUUCUGAGAUGACUCUUUUGGCUGCUGCAAAUGAUUACUUCAUCUCAAACGACAUUGAGUACGACCCUGUGCAUCUCUACAAAGAUGUUUCGGAUGCAAUUGGAAUGGUGCAUAUCAAAGGAUACAUGUACAAGUGGAUUAUGCAGGAUCUCGAGAAAUACAUUCUCAGAGGAGAUGAGACAUAUGCUGUGCUACACCGACUGGCCAGCCAUGGGAAGAAACUUUUCCUAAUUACAAACAGCCCUUUCAGCUUUGUUGACAAAGGCAUGAAAUACAUGGUUGGAAAGGACUGGAGGGAAUUCUUUGACAUUGUCAUUGUUCAAGCUGACAAACCACAUUUUUUCAAUGACUGUGUAAAACCAUUCAGACGUUUGGACAGCAAUGGAGACUUGCAGUGGGAUAGGAUCAAGAGUUUGAAUAAGGGACAGAUCUACAAACAGGGAAACCUUGUAGACUUUCUGAAGUUAACAGGAUGGCGGGGAUCCAAGGUUUUCUACUUUGGAGAUCAUCUCUACAGUGACUUGGCAGACCUGAUGCUUCGACAUGGCUGGAGGACAGGAGCGAUUGUGCCUGAACUUGAAGUGGAGACGAAAGUUGUGAACACAGAGCAGUACGCUCAAAGUCUCACCUGGUUGCAGGCGCUCACCGGCAUGCUGGAGCGCAUGCAGAUGUAUCGAGAUCCUGAGUCCAAAAAGGUUUUGGAAGAAUGGCUCAAAGAGAGAGAGGAGCUAAGGGCAGUCACUAAGAACCUCUUCAACCCUCACUUUGGUAGCAUAUUCCGUACCUGCCACAACCCGACCUACUUCUCCCGCCGCCUGUGCCGUUUCUCUGACCUCUACAUGGCCUCUAUUAGCUGCCUGCUUAACUAUGACCUCUCUUACACAUUUUACCCUCGCCGCACACCCCUUCAGCAUGAAGCCCCUCUCUGGAUGGACCAGCUUUGCACCGGCUGCAUGAAGACACCCUUCUUGGAGGAGAUGGCCCAUAUUCGUUAAAACUGCUGAGCUGGUUUUAAGUGCAAACAUGAACUUAAUUUGUGGGGUGCAGUUCUCUAUGGCAUUGGAAACAUGACAACUUGUGCAGGAACUCUGCAUACGAUGGAGACACCUGCUGGACGUUAUGUUACAAUGCAUCUCAUUGUUCUCAGGCCUUGGACACUGGAAUACAGAAAGGCAUGUUGAUGAUGAAUCUCUCCAUGUGUUCUUCCCUCUAAAUGUUUUUUAUUUGAUGCCAUUGCAUUAUGUGUUACAAAACUAAACAUAGAUACAUUUUACAUGGUUUACAGUUCUCUUUUUAGGUUUUGUAGAAGCAAACCUGUACGUCAGGAGUAUUGUAGUUUCAGAAGGAUGUUUGUAAUAACAUGGAUUCUGAUGAAUUAUGAUAACAGGGAGCUGGAAAUAAAACGACCUAUAAUUUGGGUACCCAGACUUUAUACUCUGGUAGGCAAAAGUAUGAGCCGCUGGCCAAAAAAUGCACAAUGAGUUACAAAUACAGUAGGUCUGAUUUUAUAUAUAUAUAUAUAUAUAUGUGUGUGUGUGUAUAAAUAGGUCAAAAAUCUACAUAGUUUUGGUGUUGUAAUGUUACUACUAACCGUAUUACUUGCCUUCUACACACUACAGGUAAUAACAUAGUCUAGAGUCAGACUUUAAACAAGCACAGAUAACGCUGCAUUAACCACUCUCGACUGCUUUCUUUUAUUACUAGAAUUUUUAUUUUUAUGACAACUGUAUUGCAUACAUCGAAGCUCCUGAAGGGCCAAACUAAAUGCUGUUGUUUUUGCCAUACUCUUUGUGGCUUUAGACAAAGCUCAUGUAAAAUCAGAACAUUGUUUGAUUACAUUUAAAUCUGUGAAUACUAGCUAUUCUGCUCAAAUCAGUUUUCCAGGAACAAGACAUAUUUCUCAUUUAUGUACUUGCUCUACAGUUUAUAAAUCAAAUAAAAAGCUUUAUAAUACAAUAUAUUGAUAAUUUGUAUUAUUUCUUAAACCUUUCAAUUGAGAAAGAACUUGUAAAUUACCCUAACAAUUUACAAAAAUAAAUUUGCUUGUGACAAUCAAAACAAGUUCAAAGGUAACUGAGUAUUUCUGUAACUAUGGGGGUUUUGGGGCCU